AUGUCUGCCCAAGAGGCGAGCGAGCUCAAGGCCCGAGGCGUCAUCGAGGCCGCCGAAAACCCAGAUAGCCAGGUCACUGCCGACGAUGCGCGGAGGGAAAUCGUCGAGCAGUCGAGAAACGCAGGCGUUGCCGCCUUUUCCUUCGAUCCGGAUACCAGUCCCGAGCAGAAGCGCGCCCAAGCUCGAGCUGCCAUCCCCGCAGAACUCCAGCAGAGCAGGCGUGAAAAGGGCGCCGCCAUCAUCACCGACCAGGACGAUGGCACCGGCCCGGACGAGGACCUCCCCGAGCCCAGCAAAGCCGGCGUGCUCGACGUAGCCACCGACGCCGACGGCAAGCGCCUUGCUGACGGUACCGACCCCGAGGCCAACGAGGCCCCUUACUCACGCACAGGAUGGUCGCCCAUGAUGGGCUGGCCCACCAACAGCUCCAUGGAGGGCGAGAGCUUGCUCGAUCACGCUACCUGGGUCGAGGAUAAGCUCCCCGACCAUCUCUUUGGGGACUGGUAUCACAACGCCGCCCUCGUCGUCUUCGCCUGCAUCUCGUCGUGGCUCGUCGCUGUCCUCGGCGGCGGCCUGGGCUGGGUUUCCAUCAUCAUGGCCAUCUGCGCCACCUACUACCGAACCUCCCUUCGACGCGUGCGACGCAACUUCCGCGACGACAUUACCCGCGAGUUAGGCCUCAAGAAGCUCGAGACGGACAAUGAGUCGCUUGAGUGGAUCAAUUCCUUCAUGGUCAAGUUCUGGCCCAUCUACCAGCCCGUCUUGGCCCAGACCAUCAUCAACACGGUCGACCAGGUUCUCAGCUCGGCCACUCCGGCCUUCCUCGACAGCCUCAAGCUCAAGACGUUUACCCUCGGCUCCAAGCCCCCGCGCAUGGAGCAUGUCAAGACGUAUCCCAAGACCGAGGACGACAUCGUCAUGAUGGACUGGAAGUUCAGCUUCACGCCAAACGACACAGCCGAUAUGACGGCCCGCCAGGUCAAGAACAAGAUCAACCCAAAGGUCGUCUUGGAGAUUCGCAUCGGCAAGGCCAUGAUCAGCAAGGGCCUCGACGUCAUUGUCGAGGACAUGGCCUUCUCGGGCAUCAUGCGCCUCAAGAUCAAGCUUCAGAUACCCUUUCCCCACGUCGACCGCGUCGAAAUGUGCUUCCUCGAGCGCCCAACCAUUGACUACGUCUGCAAGCCCCUGGGCGGCGAUAGCUUUGGCUUCGAUAUCAACUUCAUCCCAGGUCUCGAAAAGUUCAUCCUCGAGCAGAUACACGGCAACCUGGCCCCCAUGAUGUACGCGCCCAAUGUCUUCCCCAUCGAGGUGGCCAAGAUGCUUGCGGGCACCCCUGUCGACCAGGCGGUCGGUGUGCUUGCCCUGACCCUCCACGGCGCCCAGGGCCUCAAGAACACGGAUAACUUUGCCGGAACCGUCGAUCCGUACGCGUCAAUCAGCUUCAGUCGGCGCCAGGAGCUCGCCAGGACAAAGACCAUCGACGACAACCCCAACCCGCGGUGGAACGAGACGCACUACCUCAUUGUCACAUCCUUCAGCGACACGCUCGACAUUCAAGUAUUUGACAAGAACGGAUUCCGCAAGUCCAAGGAGUUGGGCGUGGCGUCGUAUCAUCUCGAGGAUCUGGAACAGCUCAACGUGCACGAGAACGAGCGCCUCGAGGUCAUUUCCGACGGCAAGGCCCGCGGCGUCGUCUCGUGCGAUCUCCGCUUCUUCCCGGUCCUCGAGGCCAAGAAGCUGCCCGAUGGCAAGAUUGAACCCCCGCCGCCGUCCAACCAAGGCAUCUUGCGCUUUACCGUGGAGCAGGCCAAGGACCUGGAUGGCACAAAGAGCCUUGUCGGCCUCCUCAACCCGUAUGCCGCCAUGUUCCUCAACGGCAAGGCGGUUCACCAGACCAAGAGGCUUAAGCGCACAAACAACCCCAUCUGGGACAAUGGGUCCAAGGAGAUCCUCAUCACUGAUCGCAAGAAGGCCAAGCUCGGCGUCACCAUCAAGGACGACCGGGAACUUACGGGGGACCAGGUACUGGGCAAGUAUCAGAUCAAGCUGGAUGAGAUGCUUGACUGCAUGGAGCAAGGCAAGGAAUGGUACCAGCUGUCCGAAACCCAUAUGGGCCGCGUCAAGAUGAUGGCGCAGUGGAGGCCAGUCGCCAUCUCAGGCGUGGCUGGCACCGGAGGCUACGUUACGCCGAUUGGUGUGAUGCGCUUCCACUUCAAGAGGGCGACAGACCUGCGCAACUUUGAGGCCUUUGGCAAGUCGGAUCCGUAUGUCCGCGUCCUUCUCUCUGGAAUCGACAAGGCCCGCACCGUCACCUUCAAGAACGACCUGAACCCCGAAUGGGACGAGGUCCUCUACAUACCCAUUCACUCGGCGCGCGACCGGCUCACCCUUGAGGUCAUGGAUGCCGAGAAGGUGGGCAAGGACCGGAGCCUGGGCCUGAUCGAGGUCUCUGCCAGCGACUACGUCCAACAGGCCGAAAAUGGCGAGUACCUGGUGCACGACAAGAAGGCGCUUCGGGAAGAAGGCCUGCGGCUCCACGGCAAAGGCAUCGCCAAGGGCACCGUGACGUACACGACGGCGUUUUACCCUUGUCUCAACAUCGCAGAUCCCGAGGAGGGGGAGGAAGAGGAGGAAGGAGCCUCGGUGGCAGCCACUGAUAAAGGAGCGAACGGGGCGCCAGACGCGGAGAAGAAGAGUAGCGAGCAACCCAGGACUUCUCUCGACCGAUCUCUCAAUGCCGGCAAGUUCAAAGCCAGCCUGGACAAGGAGAGCGAAGGGCGGCCGCGGAGCUCGCACUCAACCGCAGGGACGCCACCUGCCGGAGGCCAAGGACCUCCGAAGGUCCGGCUCAGCCCCGAGGAGCUCCUCAAGUACGAGAGCGGGAUGCUCAUCUUCCGCCUGCUGGAAGCGGAGAUGCCAGAGAGCCACAGCCGCCUCGAGGUGUUUGUCGACGACAUGGCCUACGCAUCGUACGUUUCGUCGACGGCGCCGAACAGGUCCCACAAGUUUGACGAAAUUGGCGACUGCGUCAUUCGCGAACUCGACGUGUCUCGCUUGACGCUCAAGGCGCGCAAAAAGGGCGACGACAAUGACCACACGCUCGCACACUUGGCCGGAAACACCAUGGAGACGCUCAAGCAGUGCCUGAACAACCCGACGACACUCAAGCUGAGGACCGAAGAUGGUAGGGAUGGCUGGGUCAAGGUCAGCCUCAAGUAUAUCCCAAUCAAGAUGCACCUAGACCCGAGCGAGAGCAUCAACAACAUGGGAAAGCUUCGGGUCGACGUCUUGGACGCAACCGACCUCCCAUCAGCCGAUCGGAACGGGAAGAGCGAUCCGUACUGCAAGUUUGAGCUUAACGGCCACGAAGUAUACAAGACCAAGGUGGUGAAGAAGACGCUGUCACCGGCGUGGAACGAGUUCUUCGAGGUCAAUGUGCCGUCGCGGACGGCGGCAAACUUUAUAGUCAACGUCUACGACUACGACUUUGCCGACAAGCCCGACUUUCUGGGGUCUGCCAUCAUCAACCUCGAGUCGCUCGACCCCUUCAAGCCAUCCGAGUCCCGGUAUCUGCUGGAUGGCAAGUCGGGCAGCGUACGCAUCCGGAUGCUCUUCCGGCCAGACUACGUGACGCGGACCGUGCAAGGCUCGUCUACCUUCUCGGGCACCUUUGCUGCGCCUGGCAGGAUCGUCACGGGUGUCGCGGGCGCCCCCAUCAAGGGCGGCGCCGCCGUGGCCGGAGCCGUGGGACACGGCGUCGGCCGCGGAGCUUCGUUUUUGCGGCGCGGCAUCUUUGGCAAGAAGGACGGGGAUGAGAUCAACGGGUCGCUGCCUGAAGGGAUCGAGGCGCCCGCCGUGACGAGCAACGGCGGCGAAGUCGUGCCGAUGUCGCGCAACAACUCGAUGGGCCACACUAGGACCAAGAGCAUCGCGGCUUCGUCGAUGCACAGCGCCGCUCCGGGUGGCGGGUCGGCCGGAACGGCAACCUUUACCGUCGUUGGCGCUUCUGGAUACCCGGCCUCGACGGACCUCUAUGUCGUGGUCUCGCAGAUGGCGCCCAAAGAAAAGGCGGUGGGGAAGACGAAGCACUACAAGUCGUCGACGUCCGAGUGGAACUUCGACGAGACGUUUACGGCAAAGUGCAGCUCGGAUGCGCAGUUCAAGAUUGAGGUCAAGGGUGAUCAUUUCAUCGGCAGCAGCGACGACCUGGGCGAACACAUCUACUUUGUGGACGAGACGGGCAGCGCUGCGCCAAAGGAGCUGGCCGUCGGCGGCGGCACCGUAACUAUCAAGAGCAACUUCCAGGCGGCCGAGUUGACUGCGCCCGACACGCCGAGGUCACACCUGCGGCGCAGCUUCCUGGGCAAGCGAGAGGGCCGCUCAAGCAGGGAGACGACUCCGAAUCCAUAG